AUGGUCUCCUGGCUCCCGCCCUGGCUCCCGCCCUGGCUCCCGCCCUGGCUCCCGCCCUGGCUCCCGCCCUGGCUCCCGCCCUGGCUCCCGCCCUGGCUCCCGCCCUGCCUCCCGCCCUGGCUCCCGCCCUGGCUCCCGCCCUGGCUCCCGCCCUGCCUCCCGCCCUGGCCUGGCUCCCGCCCUGCUCCCGCCCUGCCUCCCGCCCUGCCUCCCGCCCUGGCUCCCGCCCUGGCUCCCGCCCUGGCUCCCGCCCUGGCUCCCGCCCUGCCUCCCGCCCUGCCUCCCGCCCUGGCUCCCGCCCUGCCUCCCGCCCUGGCUCCCGCCCUGGCUCCCGCCCUGGCUCCCGCCCUGGCUCCCGCCCUGGCUCCCGCCCUGCCUCCCGCCCUGCCUCCCGCCCUGGCUCCCGCCCUGGCUCCCGCCCUGCCUCCCGCCCUGGCUCCCGCCCUGGCUCCCGCCCUGGCUCCCGCCCUGCCUCCCGCCCUGGCUCCCGCCCUGGCUCCCGCCCUGGCUCCCGCCCUGCCUCCCGCCCUGGCUCCCGCCCUGGCUCCCAGCCACCACCAGUGCUUGACCCCGGGGGAUCUGAGAUCAUCUACAGCAGCAGACAAUCUUCCCUCUGCAAGUGUCACUGCCGGGGUCAAUGCGCCAAACAAAUAA